CCUGCUGUAAUGUUUUCUUCUUCUUGAUCGGUGCUUGCUGGCUGCUUCUGCUUCUUUUCCCUUUUCCUUGUCAUGGGUGGAUUUCUUGAUGGAACAAGCCUUCCGCUGUGCUAUCUAUUGUUUUCUUGGUGGGGUUCUUAUUUCUUAACCAUGCGCUGGUGCUCCUGCUCCUGGACGGCGACGGUCAAGUUUAUCUCCGGGCUUUCACUGUGCUAGUUAGCCCUCUCGGUUUCUUUCUUUUUGUCUGUUCUUGGUCUUGGGGUGAUGGUCUCUCGGCUCCAUUGGACCACCACGGCGUCACGCACGCAUUGAUUGCGGUUUGGGGCCGACGAGCACGAGUGAAAAGAACGUACUAGUAGUACUAAAAAGAAAUGGAAAAAGAAGAUACUUGCCGCGUUGGGGUUCUCCAAGAAGGUGCUUUUUGUGUGAAGUGAUUAAAAGGAAGGAUGGUUCUGAAGAAGCUGCUUCAGCUGUUUUGUGUCAAGAAGAAGGAUCCCAAGAAGAAUGCUUCUGCUUCACACUCCACUGUGAGUGUCACUGCAAAUAAGAGUAUUUUGGAUCCCUGUUCAAGUGGGACUGGCACUGUACUAUGGGUGCAAAAACAUGAAUCUGAAUGCUCAAGCUCAUCAAUGGCAAGGAUAGGACAUGGAACUGAGAUUAAUGAUUACAAGUCAUUUAAUCAAUUUGAUGUUGUUCAAGAUUUCUCCGAUCACCACUAUGCAAAGAAAUCACCGGGGAAGACCACCAAAGAUUGGGUGAAGGCAAUCCAAAGUGACUGGAAGCUUCUACAGAAAGAUCUACCUGAAUCUAUAUAUGUUAGAGUUUACGAGGAGAGGAUUGAUCUGCUUAGGGCUGCUAUAGUUGGGCCGGCUGGAACUCCAUAUCAUGAUGGACUGUUCUUCUUUGAUGUCUGUUUUCCUUCUGAAUACCCAAAAUGCCCACCAAAAGUUCAUUACCAUUCGGGUGGACUUAGGUUAAAUCCAAACUUGUAUGCGAGUGGGAAAGUUUGCCUUAGCCUUCUGAAUACCUGGUGGGGAAAUGGGUGCGAGAAAUGGGGCAAGUCAAAUUCCACCAUGCUACAGGUGUUGGUCUCCAUCCAGGGCCUUGUCUUGAAUGAUAAACCUUACUUUAAUGAGCCAUUCUACAAAAAUUCGGCUAACACAGCAGUUGGUGAAAAGAAUUCCUUGGCUUACAAUCAGACCGCCUUUCUGCUAUCCUGCAAGACAAUGCUGUAUUCAUUGUGGAAGCCCCCAAAGCAUUUUGAGAGCCUUGUUGCGCGCCACUUCCACGAGCGUGAGCGUGUCAUUCUCGACGCGUGUAGCACUUACAUGUCUGGCACAGUCGUUGGAUCAUCUGUCGGGAAUGGCACCAAAUAUGCCUGUGACAAGUGCUUCGCAGACUUCAAGAAGUCGAUGGCGCUCUACACGGAACAUCUCAGGGCGGAGUUUGCUGCAAACAGAACUCGCGUACUGGAACUGAAAAGAGAGGCAUCAACUGAAGAUGAGAUUGUGCCUACCAGCUAGAAUUCUUUCGUCAGAACACCUCACCAUUGCAAUUCACUUGCCUUACUGAAAAGUGAAACAGCCAAUAGGUUUUUGACAGCAAGCACUGCAUGACCGAAGAAUUGGUUUUUGUCUCUGGUUUAAGAAUGUUCUUGUCAGACAUUAGCCAUUUCUGGUGAUGGCAUAUCUAUGUGAUGACUAAAAUUUAGCCCUAUUCUGUGUCGAUCUACUUAAUGGUUAAAUUCGUGUAACUUGAACAACCUUGAUGCCAUGGUAAUAGAACCUGUUACGUUAGUUUGAAUGUCGCUAUGAAAGAUAUAUCCUGUUUUUUAGAUAACGGGAUACUUUAUUA